UGCAAGGCCACCCCUAGGUGAGGGACAAGAGGACAGUGGGACCACUUGGGGUGAGGGAAGAUGGGACACCAAGCGUUAUGUACCCCCAUCCCAUCCCUUUUUCCUUGGGCGUCCUCGGAGCACCCUCUGAGAGGUCCCUGGGGCAGAGUUGAGGUGCAGCUCUAGAGGGCUGUGUCCCAUGCCAGUGUUGGGGGUUGUGGGGAUACCCCAUAAGUAACCUUAUUCCUAUCAAUCCCACCUGAACUUCCAUCCCAGGAGAUUUCAGGGAAACGAGGGGGGUUCCUUUCCAGUGUGGCCUCUGCCACCCCAAACCAGGAUGGAGCUACAUGAGGAGGAGAGACCCCCAUUAAUGCACCCCUCGAGCUUCGACCAGCGUGAUAGCCCUGGGCCGGGGGGAUCAUCUGGGGGGUGCCGCCACGGGGCCGCCGGGAUGCCGUCAGCCCCGGCACAAAGAGGAAUGUGAUGAGCACAUGGUUCCCAUUAACCCCGGAGAAAUUUUUUUUAGGCUGUUUUUUUAUUUUUCUUUUUUUUCUUCUUCUUUUUUUUUUUUUUUUUUUUUUUUCAUGAUUCUUCUUUUCUUUUUCCCCCUAAGUUUUCCGCAGCUCUGCUGGGGAGGAGGAAAAGCGGCGGCUCCGGCGGAGGCUGAAGUCACCGGCAGGAACGUUGCGAAGCUUUUUGCCCACCUCGGGGAGUCUGUCUGCCCCUCAAAGGAUGUGCUGACUCCUGUGAGUGGGAUUUUGGGGGAGCAGAGCCGCAUGAGACCGGGAACUCAUCACACAGAAUCAACCCCCGAUCUGGCCUUUCCAUGGCUUCAGCAAUGUUGCCAGGGAAAGCAGAGAAGAGAAUUGCUUCGUCCAUCUUCAUCACCCUCGUGCCACCACAGAGGGACGUGGCUACCAAGGAGAAAACCCAACGGGAGCCGCAGCCAGGUGAUGCCAAGGUCCCCGGCACUCAUCACCCCCAGAUCCUGCUGUCACCCCCCACAUUGCCCUACGGAGAAACCCACACGGUGGCCCCUGUACCUGCAUCCCCACCAGUCCUGCCCCUCUCUGAAGUGCCCCAGCCCUUGUCUGUGGAGCCGCUGGGUCUGGCACUGCAGCAACUGGACCUUGCAGCACCCGCCACCCUCCAGGCCCCUUCCACCAUCCCUGCUGAAUUGAAGCUGCCCACAUUUUCCCAGGAGCACGCAGGCAAGAGGCAGUGGCAGGAUGUGAAUGGGCACCCGGGGAGGGACAGCUCCAGAGACAUCUGUGCCUUCUGCCACAAAGCGCUGGCGCCCCGGGAGCCGACGGUGGAGGCGAUGCGGAAGCAGUACCACCCUGACUGCUUCACCUGCCGUACGUGCCACCGACUCCUGGCUGGGCAGCGCUACUUCCAGAGAGAUGGGUGCCCCACAUGUGACACCUGCUUCCAGGCCACGCUGGAGAAAUGUGCCAAGUGCCAGGGGCUGAUCACAGAGCACAUUGUCCGUGCCCUGGGCAAGGGCUACCACCCCAGCUGCUUCUCCUGCGCUGCCUGUGGCCGGGCCAUGGGCACUGAGAGCUUUGCUGUGGACAAACAGGGUGACGUGUACUGCGUGCCCGACUACUACAGGUUGGCCAUGGGGGAGUGUCUCCCACACUGGGAGCUGGGUUUGGCUCGUCCCCUCAAGCCCGCAGGGCUCAUGUCGCUCCCGUUGGCUCCCAUCAGGAAAUACGCCGCAGUGUGCAGCGCCUGCGAGUGCCCCAUUGUCCCCCACGAGGACAAAGACACCUACAAGAUCGAGUGCCUGGGACGCAGCUUCCACGAGAGCUGCUACCGCUGUGAGAGCUGUAGGAUGCCCCUGUCACCGGAGCUGACAGAGAACGGGUGCUACCCCCUGGAUGACCACCUGCUCUGCAAGUCCUGCCACAUCCACUGGCGCAACGAGUCGUCCUGCUGAGACCCUGCAGCUCAUCAAGCUCUUCCAGUGCCAGGCACCAAAAAGGGAGUGCCCCCAGUGGGAUGUACCCUGUGGCCUGGGUGCCUGCUGCACCCCCAGAUUACUGCAGAACUGGGUUUUCAUCACCAAAAUGUCCCCAGGACCCUGACCCGGUGGGUUGGUGGGGUGGAGAACUGUGGAUAUGUCCUGGCACAGCUCUGCACUCAUCAUGAAUAUAAAAUGCCCUGACAGAGCAGCAAUGAGGAGUGGAGGUUUUAUUCCUUAUUUCUUUUUUUAAACGCCUUUUUCCAAAGGCCAGUUUGGUUUUCUUGGGUGGUGCUUCUUUCUUCUCAAGCUUCCUUGGGAUUUCACUGAAAUGUUUCUCUCUGUGGAGAGCGGGCACUGAUUUAGUUACUCGCAGUUAAAUAAAAC